UGAACCACAGAGACACAUUUCCCCCUCAGAGUAAAAAAAAACACAAAGGUUAUUGAGAUUUCAAAUCUUUUCAUUGCAACUGUCUCACAAUUGUGACAUCAACUAAUAGUCACAAGUGCAAAAAAAUAAAGUUUCAGUUGUGAGCUAUAGUCACAUUGUAAUGUAUGAGGUCGCUUUGUGAAAAAUAAGUCACAUUGUAAUAUAAAUUUGCAGUGUGAGAAGUAGUUGCAGAUCUGAGAUUUAAAGUCACAUUGUAUGAUAUAAAGUCACAAUUACCAGAAAUAAAUUCUCAAAUUAUGAGAUACAAAGUCACAGUUGCAAGAAAAUGAAUGAAUCAAAUUCUGCUGUUCACAGGGAUAUUAAUCAUUGCCAAUUAAAUAUAGAGCAGUAGACUUUGGCUGUGUUUCACUCUUUUGAAUACAGUGGUGUUCAGCGCAUCAACAAUGUUCCCCGUCAAUGAGUUAUAGAGAGCAACUUCCACAGGUGCAAAUAAGAGAUGUGAUUGUCAGAUGUUCUGUCAUAUUGCUAAUGUAACUGAUAUAGAAAUUAUAUUGUUAAAUAUAUUGAGUAGAAUGAUGGCUGCUGGCUGCAAUGGCUGCUGGAAAAAAUGCUUUGGUGGAGUGGACAAAGCUUAAUGUUAUGAAGUGACUAGAAUACUUUUUGUGCACAAAAACAAAAAAAAAAUUCCAACUUUAUUCAACAAUCUCUUCUCUUCUGUGUCAUUGUUCUACGCUGUUUACAUCCAGUGCUUUCAGGUUCUAUGUCAGACUGCCAGCUCAUUAUUGGCCGGCUCCUGCGUCAACAUCACACGCAUACGUCGUGCUGCUCACAUGUGCAGCGGCAGCCAAUAAUGAGCAGCCGUUCAUACGUAAUCUUCUCUGGACCUUGAAAGUGGUCGUUAAAUUGCUGUCUAUGGAUGAGUCAUAUACCUCACGGAUUUCAUCAAAAAUAUCUUAAUUUGUCUUCUGAAGAUGAAUGAAGGUCUUACUGCUGUGGAAUGACAUGAGGGUGAGUAAUUAAUGACAGAAAUUUCAUUUUUGGGUGAACUAACCCUUUAACUCAUGUUUAUAAUGUUAUUUUAAUUAACUUAUUAGUUUUUGUAAUUUUACUAUUUGAGUUAUAUUUUUAUCUUUUAUCUAAAUGUGGGUGGUCAUAUUGUACGUUUACUAGACAGAACAUGUGGGGCUUUUUUAUAUCAAGUAUGUUUUCUAUUUUAUACCAUUUUCUUGUUUAAAGCAAUCUUUUUCACUUAAUUUGUGUUUGUUUUUGCAUUGGGGACCUUUUUGCUCCAUGAUUGCAUAGGAGAGACAGGACAUUUAAGGGUGUUUCACCCCGUGUUUAAGGGACCAAUGCCACUCAACAUCUACACAACGCAGAAGAUGUAGUUUCUUCUAACUGGUUUUGUGAACUCCAGCUACAUCAGUCACACUUGUCAUCAUGAUCCACCAGUUACACUAAAUGAAUGAAUUACUGAACCCUUCACAAUAUUUUGUGAAGGCUCACACAGUCAUGAUGAACUAUCACAGAAUAAUGCUUCUUACACGCUCUGUUAGACAGGGGAGAUUAUGUUGAUCCAUUUGAGGUAAUUGAGCUUUUAUAUUUCAUUUAUUAAAUGCAAAGGUUUUUAUCAAAAGGGGAAAUAAUGUUUAUGGAAAUAAGGUUAAUGUUUCAUUACUUCUUCAUUAGUUAAUUGUUUUGUUAUUCUGAUUUUUGUCACUCCUUCUAUGAAUGGUUUGAAUGCAGGACACAGGUAUCAGGUAUCAUUUGUUGUUAUUGUGUGAAUCAGUGGAGACUUUAGUGAAUCAAAGGUGAUGGUCUGUAGAAACACUCUGGCUCUUCAUUUGUUGUGAUCUUAUAAAAGCUACUGUAGAUGUCCUCACUGUUUCAGAGGAUCCACAGGCUCAAUUUCAUCCUGAUGGAUUGUCAGCAAUUGUUAAGUCAGUGUGUUUUUCCUUGAUCAUUUACAUUUAAUCAUUUAGCAUGAUCAAUGGAAUGGAUUUCUCAAAACAUUUGGUCAGUUAAUCUAAAAAUGUGCUUCAUAUAGGAAGAGCUAAAUGAAACCUCCAGGUUUUAUUCUACUAAACAACCGAUAACAUGACUGAAUCAGUCUGACUUCAGUAGAUUGCAGUAGUGGAAGCAACAGGUGAAAAUGUCUCUUUACUGUAACAUCUGCAGUGUAACACUGGGUUACUGGAUUUCUUCAAUAAAUCUUUGCACACUGUGGACAGACGUCACACUCACACACUGUCUGCUCCAUUUCAUGUGUCUUUCUGAUUUCUCAGUCUGUUUUCAUUCUUCAUCUACAUUGGUUCCUCUCUCAUGUCCUGAAUGGAUGUGUUGUUGGAGUCUCUGCUGCUGGACGGGGGUCUCUGUGAGUCUAUGUGUCCAGGACAGUCAUCUCUCUGUGGGACACGGCUGGAGUCUGUCUGGAUCAUCUGACCGCUGUGAGCCGUGACUGAGAGAAACGUCUGACACACACGAGGGACGCAUGGAACGACUGCAAGUUAUAACACACGCACGCAGAGACCUGUACUUGGGGUGGGUGGAGUUAAAACGAAAGUGAAAGAAGAAAAUAAGCUACUACGCCAUUCGGAAGCCAUUUUGUUUAAACGGCUGCAUAUUUUGUGGUCUGAUAUCAUCUCUCAACACUGUUUGAUAAAUGAAAGUAGAAGGACAGGCCCUCUAAAAUGAGUUCCCCAUCUGCUGGAUCAAGCGGCAAUGCAUCCGGUGAUGAAACCAAGACGUCUGAUCCCAGAAUCAGCAGGAGGAAGAGACAGAGAUCAGAGUCUCCAGAACCCAGCGCUGUGUCUCUAAAGAGUUACAGAUCCAUGGAACCACCCCUUCAAUUAAGUGAUGAACCAGUGUCUUCUGAUCCUCUAAUCAGCAGGAGGAAGAGAUCAGAGUCUCCAGAACCCAGCGCUGUGUCUCUAAAGAGUUACAGAUCCAUGGAACCACCCCUUCAAUUAAGUGAUGAACCAGUGUCUUCUGAUCCUCUCAGGAGGGAGAUAUAUGAGCUGAGAUCUGUGCCAUCCUCUAUAUCCCACUAUCAGACUCACAUCAGGCAAAACAAAAAUGAAGCAGUCCUGCAGACACACACACUGGAGACUGAAGACCUGCAGAGAAUCAAAGACCAGCACAAAAUCAGCAUGAAGAACAAGUAUGAGAGAUUAUUUGAGGGAACCAAACUCCAAGAGAAUGAAACCCUCCUGAACAGGAUCUACACCCAGCUCUACAUCAUAGAGGGAGAGAGAGAAGGAGUGAAUGAAGAACAUGAGGUUUUACAGAUGGAGAAAACAGCCAGAACACAACACUCACAAGACACUCCAAUUGACUAUAAUGACAUCUUUAAAGCCUCACCUGAACCAGGAUGUGAGGAGAAAGACCAAAUCAAGACUGUUCUUACUAAAGGCAUCGCUGGAAUUGGAAAAAGCGUCUCUGUGCAGAAGUUCAUUCUGGACUGGGCCGAGGGAAAAGCCAAUCAGGAUGUAGAUUUCAUGUUUGUGCUUCCAUUUCGAGAGCUGAACUUGAUCCGAGAUCAUCGGUACAGUCUUCACAGACUUCUGCUGGACUUUCAUCCUGAACUUCAAGAUUUGGACUCAAAGAUUUAUGAGGAGAGUAAAGUUGUGUUCAUCUUUGAUGGUCUGGAUGAAAGCAGAAUGACACUGAUGUUUUCAGAUGCUCAGAAAGUUUCUGAUGUGACUGAGACUUCAUCAGUGGGUGUGUUGUUGUCAAACCUCACGAAAGGAGAGCUGCUUCCCUCUGCUCUCAUCUGGAUCACCUCCAGACCAGCAGCAGCCAAUCAGAUCCCCUCCAAAUACAUCAACCGUCUGACAGAAAUUCAGGGAUUCAAUGAGCCUCAGAAGGAGGAAUAUUUCAGGAAGAGAAUCGGUGAUGAGCAUCAAGCCAGCAGAAUCUUCUCACACAUCAGAAGAGCAAGAAGCCUUCACAUCAUGUGCCACAUACCCAUCUUCUGCUGGAUCUCAUCCACUGUGCUUCAAAAGCUCCUGAAAGAAGAUCUGAGUGCAGAAAUCCCUCAAACUCUGACUGAAAUGUAUAUCCACUUCUUGCUGAUUCAGAUCAACAUAAGGAAUCAGAAGUAUGAAGAGAGAGAUCCAGAGAAACUGCUGCAGUCCAACAGAGAAGUGAUUGUGAAACUUGCUGAAGUGGCUUUCAAACAGCUGAUGAAGGGCAAUGUGAUGUUCUAUGAGGAGGACCUGAGAGAGAGCGGCAUAGAUGUCACUGACGCCUCAGUGUAUUCUGGGAUUUGCACUGAGAUCUUUAAGGAGGAAUCUGUGAUUCAUCAGAGGAAAAUCUACAGCUUCAUUCAUCUGAGCGUGCAGGAGUUUCUCGCUGCUUUCUAUGCAUUUUAUCAUUAUAUAAUCAAAAAUGUUGACACAUUGCAGUUUUCUGAUGUGAUGCAUAAUCUGCAUAAGGAUGCAGUAGAUAAAGCCCUUGAAAGUAAGAAUGGACACCUGGAUCUGUUCCUGCGGUUCCUGCUGGGCGUCUCACUGGAGUCCAAUCACAGACUCUUAAAAGAUCUACUGACACACACAGAGAACAGCUCAGAGAGCAUCAGGAGAACCACACAGUACAUUAAAGAGAAGAUCAAAGAUGGACAUGGACUCUCCACUGAAAGAUCAAUCAAUCUGUUCCUCUGUCUGCUGGAAGUCAAAGAUCAGACUCUGUCCAGAGAGAUUAAGGAGUUUGUGAAAUCAGACAAACACUCAGAGAAGAAACUCUCUCGUGCUCACUGCUCAACAAUUGCCUACAUGCUUCAGAUGUCAGAGGAGGUGCUGGAUGAGCUGGAUCUCAAGAAAUACAACACAUCAGAUGAGGGGAGAAGAAGACUGAUACCAGCCGUGAUCAACUGUAGGAAAGCCCUUCUUGCUGACUGUAAUCUCACUGGUCGACAUUGUGAAAUUGUGUCAUCAGCUCUACAAUCCUCAAACUCUGUCCUGAGAGAGCUGGACCUGAGUAACAAUGACCUGCAAGAUUCAGGAGUAAAGCUACUUUCUGAUGGACUGAAGAGUCUAAGCUGUCAGCUGGAGAUACUGAGGUUGUCUGGCUGUAUGGUGACAGAGGAAGGCUGUGGUUAUCUGUCUUCAGCUCUGAGUUCAAACCCCUCACACCUGAGAGAGCUGGAUCUGAGCUACAAUCACCCAGGACAAUCAGGAGUCCAGCUGCGCAAUGACAAAUUGAAGGAUCCAAACUUCUCACUGCAGAUUCUCAAUUUGGAUCAUGCAGACCCUGUUCGAAUCACACCAGGACUGAGAAAAUAUGCCUGUGAUCUCACACUGGAUCCAAACACAGCACACACUCAACUCAUCCUGUCAGAUGAAAACAGAAGGGCGAAACACAUCAAAGAUCCACAGUCAUGUCCUGAUCAUCCAGAGAGAUUUGAGCACCAUGAGCAGGUUUUGUGUCGAGAGAGUCUGAAUGAACGCUGUUACUGGGAGGCUGAAUGGACUGGAUGGGCUUAUAUAGCAGUGACAUAUAAAGGAAUCAACAGGAAAGGAGGCAGUGACUCUUGGUUUGGAUACAAUGACAAAUCCUGGAGUCUGUACUGCACUGAAAACAGAUAUUCUGCCUGGCACAAUAAUAAAAAAACUGACAUACCAGCCCCUUCACCGCAAUCUAAUAGAGUAGGAGUGUAUCUGGACUGGUCAGCCGGCUCUCUGUCGUACUACAGUGUCUCUGACACACACACACUCACACACAUACACACAUUUAACACCAAAUUCACUGAACCCCUCUAUGCUGGAUUCAGGGUGUUUGAAUCCUCAUUGUCUCUGUGUCAGAUUAAACAAUCUACUUUGAGCAGGGGUGUAAGUACAGACAGUGCAGGCAGUGCAGCCGCACUGGGCCCGUGCAGCAGGGAGGUCCGCAGCACAUGCAAGCGGGCCCCUGAUGACGAAGUGACUCUGCAGGAUACUGGGGAUACUCACAUUUCAAAUGAAAUGCGCUAGUUUGAGAUUCGAAAUCACGCUCUACCGCUUACUGUCGACCAUAUAUAUCAGAGCAUGUGAGCGUAGGCUCAGUAUUCUGCUCUAUGCCAGCAUGCUCCACAAUGUAAAUUGUUUUAUUUAAAAGUAGACAUUUCACACUUUCUUUAGACAUAUGUUUCAUGUUUGUGUGAUAAGUAGGCCUAUUCGCUGAGUUUCAGUUCAUCUUUGAGAAGUGUUUCAGAAAGAUUCUCGUGGAGACAGAGACAGCUGAAAGCGCACCCUGUUUUGUUUUAUUUUACUAAAGUUUGUUUAGUAAAAUGUUUAGUUUGAGGUCACCAUCAUGGAGAUCAGCGUUUGCUUUAGGUGGGCUCUAGAACCUUGACUUUUGUUGAGUUGCUUCUUUAUCAGCAAUUGCAGGUGUUUUCAGAAAACAUUUCUGCAUUGAUAAAGCAGAUCAACACGCCUGUUUUAAUGGUCAAAUGACUAUGUUAAAGUGGUGACCUCAAACUAAACAUUUUCAAUAAGACAUUAACAUUUAAACCUCUGUUAAUUCUCAAUAAGAGCUUCUGUAGACGUGUGACAGAAAUAAAGUCAGUCUGGUUAUUAAUAAGUGAAGCUGGUGAUGCUGUUUGUGGAGUUGUUGAAUCAGAUCUUCAGAGAUUUAAUGUCUUUUAUCUUCAGUUCAUCUAAGGCUGUGGCUGAAGAAAGUUGUAGUUUGUGUUCUUAUUUCUCUUUCUUUCAGUGCUUGUUCACAGCAGGUGUUUGAAUGAUUGAAAGAAUGUUUCAUGAACAUCUUACUAAUCUUUAAAUAACAUUCUACUAACAUUAAGGAAACUGGACAUUUUUAUGUUCUUGGAAUGUUACAAAUCAACGUUCCUAGAAUGUUGAAUUUUAAAUCAAAAUUAAGUUGAAAGAACGUUUGAGGAACAUUAUACCUUAUAAAAACGUUCCUCUAACGUCAAGAAAACUGGACAUUUUUUAUGUUCCCAGAACCAACACUGAAUAUUUAGAGAACACAAUUCUGUUAGCUGGGUAGCCUAUAUAGAUUCAUAUUUGUUUAAUAUUAGCCUAUAAUAUUACUUUUUAAUUUCACGUAUGUUAAUUAUGAAAAGUGAACAGCAUGAGUAAGAUAGGCUACAUCAUAAGAUGCGCAGUAUAUUGGGAGAUAUGGAUCAAACAUGAUUUUGACCAAUUCAUUAAAGGGGUCAUAAAACCCUAAACCAAAUUUUCUGAGAGUUUACCAGUUAUGUGUGGUAAACAUGAUAGAAGUCAAUGUUACCAUCCGUUAGUUUUGAAUGUAUGAGAAAAGUAUUUAAUUAAAAAAAAAAAAUUGCACUAUUUUCAACUUCCAGGUUUAAAUUCGUCUUUCUGUCAACGUCACAAGAUGUGACUUUUCUCGUACUAUAGUACGGUGAUGACUGAUCGGUGUCUCAUAAUCAGCGUUGCCAAGUUGGGCUACUUUAACACUGUUGCCGCGGGUUGUAUUUCAUGUCCGGGGGUUAAAGAGACCCCAAAUAACAUGAUGUUUAGCCUCUGGAAUGCUAAUUUUACCAGGGGAACCCCGCCAAAAACAUGGAUAUUACCCCCCGGAAUGCAAUUUUUACCGGGGAACCCACCUGAAACGCGAUUGGGCUAGUUUUGAGUAGCAAUUGGGCGGGUUUUGUUGUGAAAACCUGUCAACCCUGCUCAUAAUUAUUCAUGAGACUGCGUGUCCUUAUCCUAUGAGAAGACGCGUUGCUUAAUUCUUGACAGCACGUGCUUAAUUAUUCAUGACAGCAUGCGACAGCAUUUCCUCUGACAGGCGCUUCAAAUAGUGAGAUUGCAUACAAUAAGAGAGAGUUGCAUUAAUGGAUCAAAAAUGAGUGUUUAUCUUGCUUUGCAAGAGUUUCUUUGUCGCACAGGUUCUCUUCAAUAUCCGUGUCAUUGACAAAAAUUCGAUUAAUCUGUGAGUAUAACUGGUAUUUACGGCUCUUUAACUGAUCAAAUGGCUUAUGUAAACGCCGCAAAAUAAGACUCAGAAGUUAUCAAAGAUGCAACAGCGUGUUCAUAGAUGUAUUCAAUGCAGAGAACAAAAUACGAAUGGCUGUGCAUUUAUAUGUGCAUUAAAUUAUUGUAAAAACCAUGUGUAUAUUGUGUUGCAUGUAAUGGUAAUUUGCAGUGUGUAUUUGUGGUUUAAUGCUUUUAAUGAUGGUGAAAUAAAACUGUCUGAAUCAGAA